CGGCUCACUCUGAGCAUGAGUGUAGCUUGUUCACUAAUGACUUUGAAAGUAUCAAAAUAUAAUCCACUUAGAACUUGCAAUGUGACAUUAUCUAUUAUACAUUAGUAAUCACGUGAGGAUCAUCCUUUUACUGCGCAUGUCACAAUGGCCUUAUAUAUGUAAGCCUAUAAGGAAGAUAUUUCCUAGAAUCCCGCCUGGAGGAUAACAAUGGACUGUCAGGGUCUCGUGCCUAGACCUUGAUGACAGACGCAAAGCAUAGCAUCCCUUUGAUGACAAUAAUGUUACAUGAUUAAGUAAACCCUUUUUUCUUCUCGAAGUUGGGAAAUAGUCGAAGUUGCCAUCAAGAGAAUUAAUUGUCAGUCUUCACUCAACGUUCACUGGAAAGAGAGGGAAACCAUGUCAGAACAAUUCCAGGCAUUCUGGCUCCAGUGGGUUGAGGCCGCGUUCCCGGAUCUCGACUCACGCGCCUACUUCCUGCCUCCUGUCUACGUCAACCGCGUGCCGAUGACUAGACAGUCGGUUGGUGGUCAGGAUGUUCUGGUCCUUCAGUCAGCAUCUGGACAGGCCGGUCAGUCUAGACGAUCAGCGACAACUCCCUCCACUGCUGGACAGACUUGUCUCCCUCAGCCUUCUCGUGUCCAGGCCAGUGACGUCAGAGAUGACGCAGCCAUGCAGCGGUUACUCUUCUGUCUGCAGAGAUUGUCUGACCAGAACGUAGAAAUAAUGGUUGGACUAAGUCAGCUUAAGUUCGGACAGUACCUGGGUGAACCUUGUUACGCUGCUGCGGCUGCCAAGCUCCCCAUACCUGCCAACCUUCCUUCUGCUCUACCACGAAGCUGGAAACAUGGAGACUUUGAUGUGCUUCUUAUUCACCGACAUUACGGUCUUCUCGCAUGCCAAGUGCUCUCAUUUGGAGACAACAUACAGGCACUGAACAUGUCACAGCAGGAUAUAGACAACAACAUUAGAAAGAAACUGAGAGACGCCGUGUCACAGCUGGACAAGGCGGAGGCCAUGUUGUCUCACCUGGUGUCCGACAUCGCUCCCUGUCUGCGCAUCACUAAGACCAUCGCCGUUGCUAACCUCACGACUCAUCAAUUUCAACAGGCCAUCUCCCACGACACCCAACUGACUCAGGACCUGUGUCGAUGUCUAGGAACAUCAGACCCCGCCGACAUCCCAGGUCUGUGUCUGUGCUGUGAUCAGUUGUCUGACCCCAAGACCCCGUGGGACGUCACUAGUCACGUGAUGAAGGAACUCGGACACUGGUGGCAGCGACGUGUGGCUGGGGCUGGACCUGACAGUCACAUGACACCUGUGGUGUACAAGACACUGGUAGCUAGAUUCUGCGGUCCUGCGACAACAGUGAGUGUGCCAUGCACAUGUCCUCCACGUGUGAGUGUCAAGACCCUGGGUCAGGCCGUGUGGUGGACAGGAGAGUGCUAUACUGCUGUAAUCACACUCUUCCCGGAGCAAGUUCACCUGCUACACACGGCGCCUCCCACACUCUUUGUCACCGGACCGCCCGGUACAGGUAAAACUGUGGUGCUGCUGCUGAUGGCCAUACAGUGGCUGCGAUGUGGCUAUCCUGUUCACGUGAUGAUGACGUGUAAGGAAAGUCGUGCAGCCUGUUUCAUGCUGUACCAUCAGCUGCUGCAGCAGACGCCUGCUACGUCGACCACGCAGCUUCGCCUCCUUGAUUACGAUCUGACACCUCCAGCAGACAUCAGCAGGAUGUUAACCGAGUUGUCAGAGGAGGCCAGCAAAGGGUCGUUGCACAUCAUCGCUGAUGAAGUUGCUUCGCGACAUUUCAAGAGUUUUUGUGAAAAGCUUCCAGAGAUCCCUAAUCUCCAUUUUUGGGCGGCAAGUGUUUACCAUGGUGACGCACCCGCCGGCUGGCCAGUGGAAAUUUUUACCAGACCCCUCCGCUCUCCACCGACCGUCGUCAGGGAAGUGGAGCAGGACCCAGAAAUCUCUGAGUACAAAGAUGUCGAGACAUAUGCUGGACGUGAUGUGCCCGACCACACAGACGGCCCGCCAGUCAGACGACUGUACCACAGAGGUGAAGGACACUCAGUUGAGAGGUCAGUUGACUGUGCAACGUGCGGUCUUGAAGUCGCCAGUGUCCUGCGCAGUCUCCAUGUUGGUCAACCCAUUGGUGCACCAUCUACAGCAGCUACUACAGUCGGCGCCCCUGACCCCACACCCUGCCUGCAGUGGAAAGACGUGCUGGUGUUGUACUGGUAUGACGUCAGUGACAGCUCGGGUGCAGUGACGGCCAUGAGAGAAGCGGGUAUCCCAGUGCGGCUGAUGAGGGUGGAAGACGCCGAGGACGUGGCUACGCGCAGCAGUGACGUGGUGUGGGUGGCGGACGGCGCUCUUGUUCGCGGUCUGGGGAGAAAAGUCGUCGUCCUUCUGGAGUAUUCUGAUGUUAACUUUGCUGCCCUCAGCUCUCUCCGACUUCACGCCAUGUCCCGUUGCACAUCACAACUUGUGAUUAUUUACCCCGAGGAGUAACCUCCGCACACACACACAAUUGUUACCUCCACCCUCGUGCUGCAAGUGUAUCCAAACUCUUGUAUAUUGGAUGUAAUCACGGACUGCGAGCCGUUUGUCCAUAGCCGGCUUUGCUGUCAACAGGGGAAUGAACAGAAAAAUACCCGCUUAUGAGUAAAGAAAGAUAAGGAGGUAAAGAGGAAAAAA